AUGUCCGACGCGCGCGGCGGGAGCUCGGCGGGUCUUGUUCGCAAUAUCUCCCUUCAGCGGCAACAAUAUGGCGUCCAACCAAGUCCGCGAAUAGCGCACGAAGGCGUACCGCGUGUGUCUUCUUUCUCGCCUAUGGUCGCCAACCAGGCCCCGGCCCCAAUGUACUGCCCGAGUCACGACGAAGACGCCGACGGUAUGGUACCCGACCUGCAACCGCAUGACGAUUUGCAACAACACCAGAUGGUGGCAAGGCUGAGAAGGCCCCGUUCGCUCGGAUACGAACGCGACAUGGAGCGCGAAAGCAUCGCAGACUCGAAUGACUCGCCUGUCUCACGCGCAAGGGAGAGGUCUAUCUUCGUCGACAACGGCUGUGACAGCGGGAGCGAUUUCUCGAAACCCGACUACAUCUACUCUAUGCAACAACUACAUUGCAUAAAUGGCCCACCGUCAGAUAUACAUGUAAGCCCAUUUUCAAUAUGUGAAGACUCAUGGCUCAUUGCGCAAAUACGACACGCUCUUCUGCUAGGUAUCGCUCCGAUGCACAUCUUUAUUCCGCCGGCGUCCCGAAUGUGCGCCAUGGGCUCGCCAGACUUGGAGGCCAAGUUUCUCUUCUUAUCAGCCACAAGUGUAAUGAUUGCCGUUGUUGCCGUCGUAUUUUCCUUUUCUCUUUCAUCCGCGCAGCCGCUGCUUCUCCCGACUGUUGCCAUCGCACUUACCCCGGCAGUUGGACGAUACUCAGGCAGCCUUACCAUGGCAACUGUUACUUGUGCAAUCGGCGUUAUAUCGUACGCAGUCACGACUGCGCGUCUGGCAUCCGUGGUCAUGUUGGUGUGGACAUCCCUAGUACCGGUACUUUCCUUUGCUGCGUUGGGCACCCGUGCUGGCGUUGCUUCAUCCUUCGCUACCGCUGCUGCCGUCUUCGCUGCAGACUUUUCCGGCCCACUUCCUGAAGCACGCGUCUCGCUUGCAGGAACCAUUGCUGCUUGGGUUCUCUUCCUAGGAUGGACUGGAGUAGUGCAAACACAAAUAAGAAAGAUGAAGUGUGGGAGUGGGAGAGCUGUGUGGGGUCAAACCUGGGCGGGUGGAGGGUACUACAGUGAUGAGAGCGCAUCUAGAGGUGGGCGGAGCAGUAUGGAGCGAAAACGGGGGGAGCAUACGUCGGGGGACGUGGAUGCUUUGGUUCCGGAUGCCGCCGACAGAGUGUUCCCGACAUCGACAAUGUACUAG